AUUCAACUGAUUUCAAUGGAUGGUCGAUUGAAAAUCCAUGCAAGAGCUUUAAACUAGAGACUGUUUGCCGACAAUCUAUCGAUGACAAAACGGCCAUUGUCGAGGAUGAGCCCACGGGGAGCUCUCGCUGUUUUGUAGCCGACCAUUUGCCAUUCGUCCUCCGGACAUUCGUUACGAGUUGUUGGCCGUCUCGAUUUCUAACAGGGAGGAGAAACCACAUUAUAUAGCGAAAGAUAGGAUCGCUAGAGAUUCGAGGUAACGAUAGCGGAAGGAUGCGCGAAUCCUGCGUGCUACACCGAAAGCACGGCACGGUCCACGAUGGUGGGGCACGGCCGGGAGACGCGCGGCAAGAGGAGGAUGCUGCUGGACCAAAAUCUGGCCUCAGUCGGGCGCGACGCGCCAUAUGCGGAGGACCAUUUGUCAGCCCGCUCACAAAGGCCAAUAAUCUCGCGCGUGACACGUGUGCCUCCCCCGAUAAAAAGCGUUACGUGUCGCGCGCUGCGUGGAAAAGGUUUUUCGCCGCGAGACACCAGAGAGAAUUCGGGUGUCGUCCGGUGCGCUUCGAGUCACGCGAUACUUCACCGAACGAUCGCUGAAUCGUCGCUUCGUAUUUUCCGCUUCUGACAUACUUCUAGUCGUAGACAGUUAUUCGCGUAUCGUCGUGAUCAAAUUUCGUCGCUCAAUUAUUAUCGAGUUACUGUUCGGCUUGCAGGGUGAACGGCCGAAUUCGCGAAAUGUUCUCAUCCACCUGCGGUUCGAUCCGGAACGUGCGGUAUUCGCCGAUCAAGAGGCUGCAAAGAAUGUCGUAAGAGGGAUCGGACGAUUUGAAAUAGAUGAUAAGCGCUCCUCUCUCCUUCAGUCUCGGCUGCCUUCUCGUCGCCUUCGUCAAGGGUGAGCGGUCUUCACGAUGAAGAGCGGAAAAUGAGCGAAACCGGAAGACGAAGCGACACAGAGAGAGAACGUGAAGCAGGGUGAAGGAAGCCGCCGUGCUUCGCGGCGAAGAUGAGAUCGGAAGCCGCUCUCUACCUGCUCUCCCUGCUGAUCCUGCCACUUGAUGAUCCUUCGUGGGCUUCCGCCGACAUCAGAGGAUGCAAUCGCACCAUCAGAAAUUCGGUCGGUUGGAUACGCUGGACGGGACGAAUGGGUCGAUGCAUCGUGCGAAUCAGGGCACCGCUCAGGGAUCCGCAGGUGAUCGAGGUGAAAGUUAGAAGAUUGCAGGUAGGCUUUUUGAAAGAGGCCCGAUGCGAGGGAGCGUAUUUUCAGUUCUCAGACAGCCUGGGCGAUUCUGACGACGAGACGGGUCGAUAUUGUGGUCAUGUGACUGGAAAUACCACAAGGCUAUUUCUGCGACGUGGUCCUGAUCUCACGAUCACUCUAUCCUCGGAUGAGCAGUUCGCCUCGAAAAACCCGGUCAUCUUUUCCGCCCAAUUCUCCAUCCUGCCGGUGCGCUUGGCGGUGGAGCGUCACCGCGGCUACUCCGCGUCCUCGUCACCCACAUGUCUUGUCGAAUGUACAAUGCGCAAUGAGCGGCGCUCCUGCAGAUUGACCUCGCCGGGUUAUCCCAGUGUGUAUCCACGCGGGAUUAGAUGCAGAAUCGCUCUCGAGUCGAGCGCCGGUCGCUUCAGAAUAGGCGGUCAACCGGAAGACCUGUUCGACUUAAUGAACUACACCGACCAAGAGGGCUGUCAGAUAGAGAACUGCGAGGACUCGCUUGAGCCUAAGGGUCAAACGUCCUCGACCGAAAGAGUCGCGAGGGAUCGGGAUCGCGUCGAAGCGAGGGAUGAAUCUGUUAUCGGAAUCGAGGACAAUUGGCCGAGGAACAACAAUGGCCAGAUUCCCGCGACGCAGUUGAGAAGCGAGGAAACGAGCGAACGAUUAAUGAAGCAGAGACAUUACGUGAAGAAGGCGGCACGGCGUAGGGGAAAGCAAUACCGCAAAGAGCCGCCGAAUAAAUUUGACGCGGGCGAGUCGCGGCACGAGCCGAAGCUUAAAUCGAUGCGCUCGAAAAUUACGAGGAAGGACCAGCGGAGGGUUCCGCCGAGCCGUUAUCUCAGUGGCGACUUUGGAAGGCGGGAUGAAACGUUCGCUAGUGCGAUGGUGCCGGAGCAGAAAUACCUCAAUGAAAGUCGUUCGUCGAUAAACGUCACGUGUGACGGCGACUAUCUCGCGCUAUUGGAAAACGUGAACGGCAAGGUGUUCGAGAUUCAGAAGUUUUGCGGCGUCGGUCGAGUGCCGCGUAUCUUCUCGCGCGGGAAGAACGUGAUACUGGAAUUUUUCUCUCGGCAAGACGGCACGGUGAUGCACGACGGCUUUCAAGUGACUCUGCUGGAGGAACGGGUCUCAGAAGCGAGACACGCGAAUUGCGAAUUCGUGUACAGGAGUUCGGAGCGGAUCAGAGAGAACAUUAAAUCCCUACGGAGCUGGUAUCCGCCCAAUACUGUGUGUACUUACAAGUUCCUCGGCAGAAUCAUGGAGAAGGUGUCUAUUCAUAUAAAAAUCCUCAGAAACGAAUUCAUGCAGGAGAAACCGACUGAUAUUAGGCGGAACUUCAGCCUGAAUUAUUGUCCCGGCAACGAGAUCGCUGUUUAUAAUGGCGCGCAGGUAAACGGCAGCUUCUUGAUGUGGUCCUACUGCGACGCGUCUCAUUGGGACAUCAACAAUAUUCAAGUACCUUUGACGUCUAGCGGAAACGAAUUAUUGAUCCAGUACUACAGCGCCAAAGGGUCCUACGAUGGUCAGGGAUUCACCUACGCUAUAUCCUACAGAUUCGUCAGGAAGGAGCAGAAUGUCACCACGAAACGUGCCCACGGUAAAUACAAGUCGAUCUCUCUGCGACCAGUCAACCUGUCGGUUCUGAAUCUCAACGACACCGACAACUGCAACUGCAACUUCGACAACAGAAUGGGCACCUUUAAGAAUUGGUUCGUGGUACUGGUGAUCCUCGGUAUUGUGUCCUUCUUGGGGGCGAUCGUCACGAUAGUCGCCCUGAUCGCAAAAUUUUUGAAGAUCAGAUCCUCCGAAAAGAAACUCUUGCAAAAUGCAAAACAAUAAAGCUAGCACACUCUGCCUUCGGCAACUCUCUCGUCGUUAUGACAAUGGAAUUGAAAACAGCAAAACGAUCUCAGGGUUUCAUUCGAGACGAGAGGAACGAGUACUCUGGCGUGGCAACGAUUUGCGACAUGCAAAAAAAAACAGGUAAAAAUAAAACGAGGUCCCACCGAGACUUGAACUCGGAUCGCUGGAUUCAGAGUCCAGAGUGCUAACCAUUACACCAUGGGACCUUGACGAUUUUUCUAUGAAACAUUCGAGGACACAUUGAAAUGCGCGAACGAUACGCGAGGUGUUGGAGAGACCCAGGUAAAACACAAAAUCAUUUUAAUAUCAAGACGAUAUCAUUUUGACAUCAUUAUCAUAAAAUUAUCAUGAAAAUGGUAUCGUUUGACAUCAAAAUGACGUCACUUUUAUAUCAUUUGACGUCAUUUUGACUUUUAUAUGACUGUGUUCUACCUGGGAAAUUGUGUAUACGAUUGCGUCGCCAAAUCUCAUGAUGGAGAUCGAUUUUGAUAUAAAGAUCAAUAUGAUGAUUUAACAUCAUUUCGACAUAUCGUGACAAAAGUCUCAUCCUUUCUAAAUGAAAAAUAAUGUAUAUAUGCAACCAUGUAUACCUUAGGAUUAAAUUUUUAUACGUAAUACACGAAAUAAUAAAUUCCGCAAUAAAGUACACGUAAAAUAAGGA